GUUUCGUUUCGAUUUCGUUUCGCACUUUACAGGUACCCCAUUAAAAUUUGGGCGAAAUGAUAAAGUAUUAAAAUAACAUUGAGAUUUGAGUUUAUGUGUAAUAGGGAAGGAAUUUCAUUCUAAUAAUACUUGAACAAGAGCAGAAUUGUGUACAGCGUCCUCUCAUGUGAUCAACGAUAUUCGCUAGUGCUCACUGACUUCACCAUGGGAGCCAUAAGGAUGCUUUAUAUUGUGGGAUUAUUAUUCGUAGGAAAUAUUGCAUUUGCUGCAGUAGUACUCGACGUCAAGAAUACCACCGUGGAAUAUUCACAGACAGAUAUAGACAUCCGGUGCUUGGUCAAUGAAACCUCCCUCAGUACCAGUAGAUUCUUCACUAUCCAGCUGAAAAAAUCCUCUAACAAUGUCGUUUCCUUUGCAAAAGACGAUGGUAUUUCUUGGCAGGACUUCACAAUGCAGAAUAGAAGUGGCGUUUCUGUUAAUGCUUCGAUGAGUUCGACGACGUCUGCAUAUCUCUACCUAGCUAUCACUAAAGAUGGCGUGAAAUAUCCUGACGAUAUGGGAUCUUACCAGUGUGAUUAUAGCUAUUUCAAACCUACUUCUGGACUGGUGAUGAUUUCAUCUGAGAUCGUUUUUGUCAACAUAACAGGUUUCGAAGAGAUGACAACAGCAGAUUCUCCCACGACAUGGACAACAGAGCCAACAAUGCCACCAAUGCCAAUAAAUACAACGACAGAACCCACCUCAUCUGCAGAAGUCACCACACCAAAUUCAGGAGCCAGUCUGCUUGGUAACUGUCUUCAUCAACUUCUACCACUGGUAUCAGGAUGUGUAUUUCUUGCGAUCUUCUUGCCAGCAGUUCAAUGAUGGAGGCUGUGUUAGGAAAACACGUUUUGUGAAUGCAUUCGAUGCAUAUAAAAGGCGUUGAUGAGGAAGAUUUUAUCAUUAACACCUACACCAGAGGAGAAUAUAAGGAAAUGAACCCAAUUUAACAAAUCUUUUCUAUUGUGAUGACGAUAUAGCUGAAGAGUGGUAUUGGAGUAUUUGUGUUUUAAACGUCUAGUUCAUAGUGCUUUUUUUUCUGGGCCUAUAUAAUUCCUUUACUUUGAAAUGUUUUGCAUAUAUUUGCCUUUAAGGUAAUGAACCUUUGAAACAUGCUUAGUUUAAUAGCUAAUAAGUGCAGCAUGUAGAGAGACAAACACACAGAUGUUCAAAUACCUUUUUUGUUUGACAUUGAUGUGAUAUAUAAUAGAUAAUGAUGUUUUAAACAACUGAAACUCAAUAAAUCCAAAAGCACC